AUGGCGGCGGGCGCGGGAGGGGCGGGGCCUAGAAAGGAGAACCGGGCCUGCGGUCCCGGAAGGAGCGGUCAUGUGACUGGAAAGAUGGCGGUCUUUCCCUGGCACUCCAGGAAUAGGAACUACAAGGCUGAAUUUGCAACAUGCAGGCUGGAGGCUGUGCCAUUGGAGUUUGGGGACUAUCACCCACUGAAACCCAUAACUGUCACGGAGUCGAAGACUAAGAGAGUGAGCCGGAAAGGCAGCACCUCCUCCACGUCCUCCUCCAGCUCCCUGGGGGACCCGCUGAGCACUGUGCUGGACGGAACCGACCCCCUCUCCGCGUUCGCAGCCGCCGCCGACCCCGCCCCGGCAGCUGUCACGGACAGUUCCAGAAAGAAACGUGACAGAGAUGAGAACUCCGUUGUAGGACCAGAUUUUGAGUCUUGGACCAGCAAACGAGGAGAAAUCCUUGCCCGGUACACUACCACAGAAAAGCUUUCCAUUAAUCUCUUUAUGGGUUCUGAAAAAGGCAAAACUGGGCCUGCCGCAUUUGCAGUGUCGGAGAAGGUUCGGACCAGGCUGGAAGAGCUGGAUGACUUUGAGGAGGGAUCCCAAAAGGAACUGUUGAAUUUAACUCAACAGGAUUAUGUGAAUCGCAUAGAGGAGCUUAACCAGUCGCUGAAGGACGCCUGGGCCUCGGACCAGAAAGUGAAGGCUCUAAAAAUAGUCAUUCAGUGUUCAAAGCUUCUUUCGGACACAAGUGUUAUUCAGUUCUACCCAAGCAAAUUUGUCCUGAUCACUGACAUACUGGAUACAUUUGGAAAUCUCGUGUAUGAGCGCAUCUUUUCCAUGUGUGUGGGUGACCGCAGUGUCUUACCAGAUCACUUCUCUCCAGAGAAUGUAAAUGACACAGCCAAAGAAACAUGCUUAAAUUGGUUUUUCAAGAUUGCUUCCAUCAGGGAGCUCAUUCCAAGAUUUUACGUGGAAGCGUCCAUCCUGAAGUGUAACAAGUUCCUCUCCAAAACGGGUAUCUCAGAAUGUCUGCCCCGCCUGACGUGCAUGAUUCGAGGGAUCGGAGACCCUCUGGUGUCUGUGUACGCCAGGGCCUAUCUGUGCCGGGUAGGAAUGGAAGUGGCUCCACAUCUCAAAGAAAGCCUAAAUAAGAACUUUUUUGACUUCCUCCUUACAUUCAAACAGAUUCAUGGGGAUACAGUACAGAACCAUCUGGUGGUCCAAGGAGUGGAGCUUUCAUCCUACCUGCCCUUGUACUCGCCUGCCAUGGACUGGAUCUUCCAGUGCAUUUCCUACCGUGCCCCCGAGAUUCUGCUAACUGAGAUGAUGGAGCGAUGCAAGAAACUAGGAAACAAUGCCUUGCUGUUGAAUUCUGUGAUGUCCGCUUUCCGGGCCGAGUUCAUCGCCACCAGGUCCAUAGAUUUCAUUGGCAUGAUUAAAGAGUGCAACGAGGCCGGCUUCCCCAAGCAUCUUCUUUUUCGCUCACUGGGGUUAAACUUGGCCUUGGCUGAUCCUCCUGAGGGAGAUCGACUUCAAAUUCUCAAUGAAGCUUGGAAAGUUAUUACUAAAUUGAAGAAUCCACAGGACUACAUUAAUUGUGCCGAAGUGUGGGCAGAGUACACCUGCAAGCAUUUCACGAAAAGAGAGGUGAAUACGGUUUUGGCUGAUGUCAUCAAGCACAUGACUCCAGAUCGAGCAUUUGAAGACUCCUACCCUCAGCUUCAGUCAAUAAUGAAGAAAGUGAUUGCCCACUUUCAUGAUUUCUCAGUUCUUUUCUCAGUGGAAAAAUUUCUGCCAUUUCUGGACAUGUUCCAAAAAGAGAGUGUGCGGGUGGAGGUUUGCAAAUGCAUCAUGGAAGUUUUUAUCAAGCAUCAGCACGAGCCCACCAAAGACCCGGUCAUUCUGAACGCCCUUCUGCACGUUUGCAAGACCAUGCAUGACUCCGUGAAUGCACUCACUCUUGAGGAUGAGAAAAGAAUGCUGGCAUAUUUGAUUAAUGGAUUUAUAAAAAUGGUGUCCUUUGGUCGUGAUUUUGAACAGCAGCUAAGUUUUUAUGUUGAGGCCAGGUCGAUGUUUUGCAAUCUGGAACCUGUCCUUGUGCAAUUGAUUCACAGUGUGAACCGGUUGGCAAUGGAAACAAGAAAAGUAAUGAAGGGGAAUCACUCCAGAAAAACAGCUGCAUUUGUCCGGGCUUGUGUUGCCUACUGCUUCAUUACCAUCCCUUCCCUGGUGGGCAUCUUCACGCGCCUCAAUCUCUACCUGCAUGCGGGUCAGGUGGCCUUGGCCAAUCAGUGCCUCUCCCAAGCUGAUGCCUUUUUCAAAGCCGCAAUAAGCCUCAUUCCAGAAGUCCCAAAGAUGAUUAAUAUUGAUGGGAAGAUGCGGCCGUCGGAACCAUUCCUUCUGGAGUUCCUCUGCAAUUUCUUCUCUACUUUACUAAUAGUUCCGGAUCAUCCUGAACAUGGGGUCCUGUUUCUUGUUCGAGAACUUCUCAACGUGAUCCAGGACUAUACCUGGGAGGACAACAGUGAUGAUAAAAUCCGCAUCUACACCUAUGUCCUGCACCUCCUAUCGGCCAUGAGUCAGGAGACCUACCUCUACCACGUAGACAAAGUCGACUCCAACGACAACCUCUAUGGGGGAGAUUCCAAGUUUCUGGCUGAAAACAACAAGCUGUGCGAGACAGUGAUGGCCCAGAUCCUGGAGCAUCUGAGGGCCCUGGCCAAGGACGAGGCCCUGAAGCGCCAGAGCUUGUUGGGUCUUUCCUUCUUUAACAGCAUCUUGGCCCAUGGGGACCUGCGCAACAACAGGCUCAACCAGCUCUCUGUCAACCUGUGGCACCUGGCACAGAGACAUGGCUAUGCGGACACCAGGACCAUGGUGAAAACUCUGGAAUACAUCAAGAAGCGAAGCAGACAACCAGAUAUGGCUCAUCUGACCGAGCUGGCCCUCAGGCUUCCUUUGCAAACAAGGACCUGACCCUGGGGCCUGUCUCCAAGGCCUGAACCCAGGGGCUCUGGUGCCAAAUCCAGAAAAGACCUUUUUAUUUUUUUACACAUAUACAACUGGUUUAAGCUCUGGCCUCUACCCAGAUUCUCACACUGAAGAAGUGGAAUUGUAAGAGCAUUAAAAUCCAGUCUUGUUCACUGAGCAGCAGAAUAUAAGUAACAUCUUUCUUUCUGGUGGGUGUCUUUCUUUUUUAAUUUGAAAGAGAACCUUAAAAGAGCCACUGUUUCCUCUCCCUAAUGUGAGCCUGGAAUUAAAUGUUGCCUAAACCACCUUGGGGGAUUUAUAAAAGGCAGGCUCAAUUAAUUUUUUUCUAUCAAAAAGAACCUCUUGAUUGGAUUUCAAACACAUUCUGUCAUGGAAUAAACCUCCUGAAGGAA